GUCGAAAUGGAAAUCUGGUGGCCGUGGCAAGAGCUAUGCACUUGCUGUUCAUGAUGAAGAUUGCGAGGCGGACGAGACCUAUGAGCAUGAGUCCGUCUAUGAGGCUGUGUAUGAGGCCACAGAUGAUGGUGAUGGAGACUAUGUUCCUGCUGACGGCUAUGCCUACUCUGAUGAUGAGACGUUGGACGCCCUUGAAGAUUCACAAUCCGAUGGCGACCAUGACAACGAGCCGACCGACAACGCUUCGCUUGCGCGAGCACCAUCAACUUCCUAUGAGCAGUACUUGGCUGAUGGUGUGGUGAAGUCGCAGGACAAUGAGAUCAAGUUUCACAGCAGCGUCGACGUUGAGCCCAACAACAACGCUUCAACUUUGUCGACAAGUUUCACUUCAACCUUUUCUACAUCAACGCAUGAGGUGUUGAUGGUGCUGAAAGACGAUUCCCUGUGCGAGCACUCUGUUUACCAUGGUGGCUCCGAGUCCAAGUUCUUUCGAGGAGCCAACGGCCUGAGCAGGUACAUAGCCUGCAAGGAGAGCGACUCUGACAAGGUCGUGAUCAGUGGAAAGCGCAAAGAGCCUUCAAGUCUUUGGCGCUACUUGGUGAUGGUUGCACUUUGCACCAAAUGGGGACAAGCAGCCAGGUCACGUGGACUUUUCCAACGAGUUUGCCAAGUUCGAGGUGAAGCUUUGGAUGCCCGAGAUCGUCAACAACAACUUGGUGAUGCGGCUUCUGGCUCUCCUACAUCACCAGCUUCGCCUUCAUGGAGUGUCGUUCAAGGACAACCUCCUCGGCAACUACCUGCGUUCUCUGGAACAUCCACGCCAUCUGAUGGUGGAUACCCCAGAGCCAAGAUCAAGCGGCAAACAGAUCAGUGCUUUUGGCUUUAUGGUGUUCGUUUGAUGCUUGGAGAAGAUCUGUCCCCUUUUCCAGAUCUUGGUGGCGAAGACUGCGAUGUGCUUCAACCUCUACCACAUGACGGCAUGCUGCUUGGACCUGAAUCACAAUACCCUGGAGCAACAUUUGCUCAAGUUGCCUCAUCCCUUGAAGGGAAUUGGUUUUGCCAGCAUGUACUUGUUGCAGCUCUUGAGAACAAGGAGCCACUCACACCUGAGCACUACAGGCUUGCCUUCUACCUGUACGGCCGAGUGAAGUUGGCACAUGCAGCUGGCAUGCGCAUGACAAAGUCAGGUCAUGAAGCUUUUGGAGUUGAUGGACUUGAUGAACAUGACCAAGUGCCGGAAGGUUGGAAUCCUGAUGAUUGGCAUGAUGAGUGCGAUGCGAUGUGGCAUAUGCGCCAGGAUGUUGCCAACUAUGAGAAGUUCAUGCAAGAACUCCAAGGAGAUGGUUGCAUCAGUGAGUCGACAGACCCACGAUCUACUGGCCACACCACUGAAGAUGUCAACGUUUUCAGUCAAAAGGCGCUCUUGUCCUUAGGUGGUAGCAAUGGCAGCCGAGUUGGCGUCUCCGCCGAGAGCGCGUCGUCGCACGCGAGCAGCUGGGGCACGACACUUCCAAUGGUGACCGACGCGGGCCUGACCUUUGGCAACAGCGUGGUGAUCCUUGGCAGGGUUGGCAUCACAGUGGGGGUACCCCUGGACUGUCCGCUGGAAUGUAGCUGGUGGCGGGAUGAAUCUGCAGCCGCACUCAAUGAGUCCCUGGAUGCAAACAGCUGGCCCUUGGGAAGCUGGGAUCACUAUCGCCUUGAUGCCAACAGUGGCGAUGAGCAAGCUCCCAGUGAACCAGUGGCUGAAGUGACUAAGGAAACUGCUAAGGAUGAUGAUGCUGAUGGCCAGACUUCAUCAGCAAAGAAGACUGAUAAGAAGAUUCCCUCAUCUUACCCUUCCGCGUUUUCUGCACAGCCUCAUGAGUCAUACAAAGAGUGGAAGCGAGCUGUGCAGUGUUCGGUUGCAGGUGGAGGAGGUCUUCUGCCAGCAUCAGUGAUUGGUCCUCGAGUCCUCUCAGUUCUCAAGGGCCGUGCCUCCAUUCUGACUCGGAAGUUGAGCAUCAGUGAGGUGUCAAACGAUGAUGGAUUGGAUCGCAUCUUCAGGACCCUUGAGGCCUCGACCCUGGUGCAGGAGCUUUCUGGCCAGCGUGGUGAGAGGGCCCAGCGUGAGUUCUUGCAAUGUCGCAGAGCGGCCCAUGAGAGCUUGGACUCUUACUUGAUGAGAGUUGAAGCGCAACGUGACUUGAUGAUUGAGGAGGAUCCUGAGUUUGCCAUGGGUGAAAGCUUUCUGGUUGGGUAUGUGCUGGACAACUCCGAGCUGACGCAGAAGUAUAGGGUUCUGGUCAUGGCAGCUGCGAACAAUCAGUUGACUACGUCUGCUGUGUACCCUGCCUUGAGGCGGAUGGGGCCUUUCUUGCAGGGAACGGUUCCAAUUGGCCGUGGCUUGAGUGAUCGCCCUUUGCUGCCAGAGUUGGUCCCUGACUCAGGCAAUGGAUCUACAGCAUCUGCCAAUGGGCAGGCAUCGGGAAUGAAGCCGCGGUGGCAUGGUUCUCGCAGCUAUGGUGCUCAUGUGGCAGGCGAGUUGGAAGAGCCUGCCGAUGAUGGUGAGAUUGUCCCCGAGGACGCUUCUGAUGAGCCAGAUGAGAUCCAGGCUGUUGAGCACGAGGCUUUGGUAGCAGUUCAGCAAGGGCAAGCCAAGUUGCGAGCCAUCCGACAAGCCCGUGGGUACUACAAGCGAAAUGAACAGAAUGCUAGUGGUGAUUCAUCCGCCAAGGAACGUUUGCGAGAGCUGAUGGCGAAGAAUCCAUGCCGCGGCUGCGGCGGGUUUGGUCAUUGGAACCGAGAUCCUGAAUGCCCCCGGAACAAAGCCAAGGCAGCAGCUUCUGCCAAUGUCAUGUCCCAGGAGAAGGCAUCGACCGUGGCCAAGGGAGGUGGCAAGAGUCUGAGCAGUAGCAGUGAUGUAUCCUCGGGCAACAAUGCCAAUUCCAACUCCACUGUUCCGCAUGCUGCUAUGUCGGCGGUUUUGAAGAGUUUGUUGGACAACCAAGCCCGCGGAGUAUACAUGACUAGCGGCUGCAGUGGUUCGUGCACGGACAUUUCCAUCGAUGCAUUGUUAAGUAACCAUAAGGGUAAUCCAUAUGACGGCAUGAUGAUUGUAGACAUUGGGUGCAUCCGCUCCGUAGCUGGCAUGCAGUGGAUUGAUCGUGAAGUCACAGCUCGUCGCAACUUGGGAAGGUAUGUCUAUGUUGAGAGAGUAGCUGAUUGGUUUCGUUUUGGUGACGGUGUGCGUCGAUUGUCGCGGUAUCGUGUGUACCUAGAAGUAGCCAUCAAGGGUCAUGUAGGUCUGCUUCCAGUGAAUGCCAUCGAUUUUCCAUGUCCUCCAUUGUUGAGCAAAGCAGUUUGCAAUGUGUUAGGCAUGUGCAUCGAUUGUGGAUCCAACACGUGUGAGAUCCGGAAGCUAGAUGUCUCCGAGAUCAGUUCGAUGGCGAUGCCGGAGGAGGAAGCGUGGCUGUCAGAGGAGGAUGCCAGCAUGACAUCGAUGCGACGAAAGCCAGCCAAGCAGAGGGGUCGAGCAUCGACAACCACGACAGCGCAAAAACAGAAGAACCAGUCCAACCAGGCAGCAGCCUCCGUUGCAGAGGAGGAGCCAGGCCAGAAGGUCAAGGGCAAGAAGGUGAGCACCAAGUCCAAGCCGAAGCAGCAGCAGUUGGCUGCGACCACGGGGCAGCUGGCCGACUUUCCGCUGCUGGGCAUGACAAAGUCCUACGACCCGGUGUUCACUGCCUCUUGGAUCGUGCACCAGCGGAUGAUUUGCCACAAGUGGAAAGCCUUGGUGUGGAUGUUGAAGGCCAUUAAUGAUCAGGAUGUGGUCGUGUGGAAGCGUCUCAUGGAUUAUCACUAUUGGACCUUCACUAGGUCGUUGUUGGCGGGUAUGUGGACGAAAGAGUUUUGUUUGCACAUUUUGUCGGCAGCAUCUAGGGCAUUGCAAAGCACAAGUGAAGUAGCGCACACACCAAGUUUGCUGGUCGCUUCGAGCGAUCCUGAUGUGAGUCAUGACAUGUUUGACCCAUCCAAUGUAUGCAGCAAGUGUGGGGUGCCUUCGCAAGAAGCAUGUGUUUGUGCAUAUUGCGGCGAUUAUUUGUGCCAUGUGAGUUGUGCAACAAGCCAUCGAUGUGUCAAAUUGCCUUCAUGGAAACCAUCUCACGAAGAGCCAAACACCGGUUUUCUGUCUUGUGUUGCUGAUGUAGAUCCACCUUCUGAACAUGUGGUUGGGGAUGAAGAUCAACAGACUGAAAUUGCCAUCAGAAAGGAAUUUCAACGACUUCAGCAGGAGGAAGAUAUGAGAAAAGGUGAUUUUAGCGGUGUAGGUUCACGAUAUGGGUAUAUCCGUUUUGUUGGUCCAGCACUUCGUUUGCCCAAAGAAGUGCGCAAUCAGUUGGCCAAGUUGCAUGGUAAUUUUGCACAUCCCAGUAAUGAACGGUUGGCACGAAUGUUGCAGAUCAAUGGAGCUUCCAAAGCCAUCAUUGAAGGAGCCAAGUGCAUUCGAUGCAGUGUGUGCGAGAGGGUAUCGGCUCCUCGAUCAGCACCGCAGACGACAGCCAAGGCUCCAACACGAUUCAAUCAACAGUGUUCAUCCGACAGUUUCUUCGUUUAUGAUUGCACUGGCAGCCGUUGGAAUAUCACACACAUUGCUGAUGGUUUUUGUUCUCUGCAGUACGCCAUUGUUUCCAAAAAUCCGUGCAGCAACACCAGUAGUGAACUUGUUUUUGAGCGAUGGAUUUUGGUGCAUGGGCCGAUGGAAACUUUGUACGUCGAUGGAGGACCCGAGUUCAAGGGUCAGUUGGAAGCUUUGUGUAGGUUGUAUGCCGUCCAUUUGGAAGUUUUGCCAGUAGGAUACAAGUGGAAAGCCGGUCUGGCUGAGAGACAUGGUGCAGUGUUGAAACUCAUGAUUCUUCGUAUGAUUCAUGAGUUGAGCCUUUGCACCGACAAGGAGCUGCGCUUUGCAGUCGCCAUGGCCUGCCAGGCCAAGAACCGGCUGCUUAGGAAGUGUGGUCGUUCUCCCAUUCAGGUGACACAAGGUCAGGAUCAGGUGAUUCCAUCGUCGUUGUUGCAACAAGUAAUAGAUGGCGACAUGAAGUAUAGCACUAAUGCAGCCAUUACCACAGAUGAGGAAAUCAAUAGGAUGGAACGAAUCAGGUGUGCCGCCAUUUCUGCAUUUCAUUGGUUAGAUAGUCAUGAACGACUCAGAGUAGCAUUGAACUCCAGAUCCAAACCGCCAAAGCUUGUGGCCUUGACGCCUGGCACUCAGGUGUACUUUCACAAGCCUCCUGGUCAGCAUCGUCGCCUUCAAGACAAUGCCACUGGUCAGCAAGGACCAGCAAUUGUUGCCGCAACAGAAGGUGUUGACAAGGUUUGGUUGAGGUAUAAAGGAACAGUAGUUCGUGUUGCACUCGAGAAUAUCCGUUUAGCCACUCCUGAAGAGUCGUUAGAUACUCAGUAUCUCACCGAUGUUUUGACGGAAAUGCAGCAAGAGUUGAGCGGCGAACGCCGAACCACCGGGUAUGAAGAGUUAACGGAUCCUCCACAGGAUGCACCCAUAAUGGGGCAUGUUCCAUCAAAUGAAUUGCAGCAACCAUCAACAGAUGCAACAGUUCCAUCACUCAGCAUUCCGGCGGAGGAGAUGACACCCGAAGUGCAGAGGCAGUUGGUCGUUUCCAAACAGAUAGCAGACCGAUUAGAUGGCGUCUUCAUGAUUUGCACCACCUGGAUGAUCUCACUAGAGUUGGACAAGCCCAGAUCAAGCGUGAUCGAGGCCUCGAUGUGUUUGAUGUGUGAAGCUGGUGUGGUUCCUUGGGCUCCAGGGUGGGCAGCAGCAACUUGGGUGCUGACCGCCGAAGCGGCACGCCAUUGUGGCGAAGAAGAGACACGGAGAAUCAUGCGUGAGCGACAAGAGCGUGAAGAUCGGCUGAUGAGUUUGGAGAAAGGCCUAGAUGAUGACAUCAAAGCAAAGGAGUUAGAGCAAUGUGCUCUUGAACGUGGUCACAAGAAGGGGCCCAACCCGGGAGCACGUGGUGAGAUCUAUGUGAAAGAUAUGACUUCAGCCGAGAUCAGAAUGACAGUGCCGGCCUUGGUGAAAGCCCUCAGCAUCCAUUUUGACCAUGACGCCAUCCGUCCGAUCCCCAAAGGGCAAAUUGUGCCAAAGGAGAGGCUCAUACACAGCCGCAUGGUCAUCGUGAACAAGAAGUGGCUUCAAGAACUGUUUGAACCCAAGGGGCGACUAUGUGUUGGAGGCCAUCGUGACCCAGACCUUGGCAAGUAUGAGUCGUCAAGUCCAACAGCCUUGAUGGUAGCACACAUGGUGCUUCUGGCAGUGGCCACAAUCAUGGGAUGGCCGGUGGACAUUGGUGAUGUCACAGCUGCUUUUCUGCAAGGUCUGAGCCUGCCUCGAGAUGAUCCUAUCUACAUUCGAGCACCAAGCGGGUGCCCCAAGGAGGUGUUGGAGUACUUGGCUUGGCGCCUCGGAUAUUCAAAUCAUGCUGAGUUCUUUGAAGCCACCAAGGGCAUCUUUGGAUUGAGCGAGUCCCCUAGGCUAUGGUAUUUGAAGUUCAAGGAAGAGUUGGAGAACAUCAAUUUCCGCGAGUCCAAGUUCAUUCCAUGCCUUUUCAUGAAACACGUGAAUGGCAAGUUGUGUGGUUUGGUCACUUUGCAUGUGGAUGAUGCAAUGUUGACCGGCUCACCAGAAGUUCAAGCUGAUUGGGAAAUGUUGCGCAAGAAGCUCAAGUUUGGUAGCUGGACCAGCUUGCAUGAAGGUAGGCCUGACAUCGCAUUUGCCGUUUCCUAUCUUCAGCAGAACAGGAUUGAUGCCACAUGUUCCACCUUGCGACUGUUGAAUAGUACCAUCAAGCGAGCCAAGACUCCGUUUGAAGUUGUGAUUCGUGAUUUGCAGUGUUCUUUGUCUGAAAUUAUGGUGCUUGUUGCGACAGACGGAGCCUUGGCCGCGAUGCCCCGUGGCAAGUCUCAGUUAGGUUUGAUGGUCAUGUUGUCCAACCCAAAGGUGCAGACUGAACUCGCCCCUGUUGUGCCAAUUGAAUGGAGUAGUACAUCUUGUAAGAGAGUAGUCCGUAGUUCAUCAGCAGUUGAAGCUGCCGCCGCGUCUCUGGGAUAUGAACAUGCAGAGUUCCUACGAGCAGUGCUGUGUGAAAUACGUGAUCCUGAUUUCUCUGUGCGCCAAUGGUCAAUGCACGUGCAACGAUGUCCCAUUCUCUUGGUGCUGGACGCCAAAGUCGCCUAUGACUGCCUGUCUUCCGAUGAGCUGCCUCAAGACCGUCGAACGGCUUUAGACAUUCGUGCUCUGAGGGAAGCCUUGGCAGAUCCACAAUCCGCUUCCUUGUGUCGUUGGGUUCCUGGGCCUCAACAGGCCUCUGACGCUUUGACCAAGCUCAAGGGCAACGGAGUGUUGAACGAUAUCAUGGCAUCUGGAAGAUGGACUGUGGUGGAAGAUGAAACAUGGCAGAAAGUGAGAGAGCAGCAGCGGAUCAAUCAACGUGCGUAUAGAGCCCGUGUCAAAGUACAGAGAAAGACUCAACAAGGGCCGGUGGGAGAGUCAAAAGGCGCUCUUGAAUCUAUCCAUGAUCCACCUCUCCGCUACCGCUUCAAGUUUUUCCAGCAGCUUUUGACUGAGCAACACCUCACCGUGCGCAAGACCUCCAACAAGAAAGCCAAGAAGCUUGCCAGCCUUUCUGCCGCUGUUGAUGGUGAUGAUUGGCAGAACUACAAUCAACAACAACCACAACGACAUCAAGCACGAGCACCUCCUCCUUUACGAAUGCAACGUCAGCCGACGCUGAUGCGGGCCGCACAACAAGUUCCAUCAACUGCACAUGAAGUUCCAGUACCAAAUCCACAUGGUGACCUGGGUGAAGAACGUCCUAACCAAAGGACGGGUGAUGGUGGACCAACAGCUUUGGACUUUGCGAUGAAUGACCUUGAUCGACUUGAUGGUCAUCCAGAUCCACCAACGCCUACAACUUCGACUUUGCCAACAACCUUGGGCUAUGAACCUGUGAGGCAAACACAUUCACGGGACCCUGCGCAACCAUACCUUGCUGAGGCGGAGGACUGGACUUGGACUUGUCCGAUGAUGCCGAGUUCCAUUCGAGAGCGCAACAUGAAGCGCCUGCUCAACAACUAUGAAGAGCUCUCUGGAUCAGAUGUUUCUUCUGAUGAAGCUGACCCUGAACAAGAUCAACUCCAAGAACCAGCUGAUGCCUUCCUGACUGGAAAGGCUGUGCGCUCAGAGGUCAACUUGAAACAGCUGAGCCCAGAAGACAGAGCCAAGUUCGACGCUUCUAUGGCUAAAGAAUGGGCGUCAUGGCAAAAGUUCAGUGCCGUUGAAGUUCUCAGUGAAGAGCAAGUUGCUGCACUGCCCAAAGACGUGCAGAUUGUUGGAACCAGAUGGGUUCAUACCGACAAGAACUCCAAGCCUCGUUUGAUGGCUGAAGCUCUUUCCAAACGCACCGGAAAGACCAAACAGCAGAUCAGAAAAGAGUUUCCAUUUGAAGCAAAAUCAAGACUUUUGGUCCAAGGGAACCAGGAAGAUGGCAACUCUAUUCGCUCUGACUCUCCUACGGCAUCACUCCUUUCCUUCAACUUGGUGUGCGUGAUUGCAGCUUUAAACAACUGGAUCAUAUGGGCCUGCGAUGCUUCGACUGCCUAUCUCCAAUCACAGGGGAUCAGCCGCUUGCUGAUCUUGAGAUCUCCGAGACCUCCACCUCCUGGCGUUUCUCCUACAGAUUUGCUGCGAGCCAAGGGCUCAAUCUAUGGAACGAAAGAUGCUGGGCGCGCUUGGUGGAAGAAGCUAUAUCGCACUUUGGUUUCUCAUGGUUGGAAGAUGUCGAAAAUCGAGCCUGCGCUCUUUUACCUGGUCAUCAAGGGGAAGCUCUGUGGCAUUCUCAUUACCCAUGUUGAUGAUAUGUUUUGCGCUGGCGAAGGUUCCGAGUUCAAGGCCACCAUUGACAUGAUGGAGAAGGAGAUUCAUUUGAAAGUGAAGAAAGAAGAAUUUCGGUUCUGCGGCAAGAACCUUAUCCAGCGAAAUGGAAGCAUCGAGAUCGACCAGUUCGACGCUAUUGACAGCAUCGACUACAUGGUUCUUUCGAAAGAUCGAAGGCAGACAUGCCCGAAAGCUCCGCAACCAAUCCAUGAAAGCACCCUCAAAUGA